AUGCUCCAAGGAAUUGGCAGCAUGGCUCAGUUCAAGAAGGUGAUUGACCAAGCAAAGGCAUUCACCAUAUAUGUCUAUGGGCACACAAGAACAUUGGAAUGCAUGAGAUACUUCACAGAGGGGAAAGAGAUAAUAAGGCCAGGAGUGACUAGGUUUGCUUCAACCUUUCUCACUUUGAACAACAUACAAGAGAAGAAGGACCAGCUAAGAAAGAUGGUGGUUCAUAGUAGGUGGGACUCAUUGAAGGAUGUGAAAUCAAAGAAAGGAAAAGAUGCCACAACAAUUAUAUUGAAUACAACCUUUUGGAAGGAUGUCAAGCUAACAUUAACUAUUUUUGUGCCAUUGGUCAAAGUUCUCCGUUUGGUUGAUGGGGAUAUGAAGCCAUCCAUGGGUUUCAUUUAUGGAGAACUACUAAAGGCAAAGAGAGAGAUCAAGGAGGCCUUUGGCAAUAGAGUCCCUUAUGCUAACCCAUCAAUCUUUGAUGAGCCCACAAUAACAAAAGGAUUUAUUAGUUGUAUGGAGACUUUUUAUUAUCAUGAAGAGGAUAAGCAAGAUCAGGCUGCCAACAUUGAACUAAAAAGGUUUCAGAAUAGAGAAGGACCAUUUAACAAGAAGCUUGCAAGGACUUUUGAAAACUUUGAUUACAACCCAACAUCAUGGUGGCGGUUGUAUGGAACUAAAACACCAGCUUUACAGAAGAUGGCUACAAGGAUCCUAUCUUUGACAUCAAGCUCUUCUGGUUGUGAAAGAAAUUGGAGUGGGUUUGAAGGGAUACACACUAAGAAGAGAAAUAGGCUUACUACAACCCGCCUCAACAAAUUGGUCUAUUUUCAAUUCAACUCCAAGCUGAUUAAUAAGAAAGAAAAGAUCAAGUCAAAGAAGAUCAGUGAUGUUCUCUUGUCUAAUGAUACAACUAAAGCUCAAGGUUUUCUGUAUGAGAAUGGAGAUGAUUGUGCAUUAGUUGUCUAUAGCGAUGAGAAAGAGGAGAUGGAAGGUACAGGGAUACCUUGGUCUAUUAUUGGAGACGCAGUGGGAGCAGAAGAACAACUUGAGCUGCAUAGAAGUGCAAGAGUGAGACAGCUUUAUGAAGGAGAAGAAUUUGAGUCCGAAGAAGAAGAGUUUGAUGAAGAUGAGGAUGAUUAUGUGGAACCCUAUUGA